AUGCGUACCUAUGUACUGCAAUCACCUAUUAUGAUGGGACGUUGGAUGAUAACUAUUGCUUCUGUUGAUCGAUUUGCAAUGAGUUCAAGAAAUGCUCGCAUACGACAUUUUGCACAAACGCAUGUUGCACGUCGUGCGAUUCUUAUUAUUAUUGUGGUUUGGCUUAUCUUACCUAUUCACACACUAAUAUUUUUUGACAUACGUGAAGGUGCCGGUGUUUGUGCCAUCAUAUAUAAUCGAACAGCAGCACUUUAUCAUAGUCUUUAUACUUUCAUUACCGGCGGUUUCCUUCCUUCAAUAAUAAUGAUUACAAGUGCUGUGCUUAUUCGUCGUAAUCUUGCAAGUAAACGAGAUAUACGUGAGCAACAAGUCAAUGCUAGUAAUCCAGCCAGUCAACUAACGUCUAAUUCACGUGUUCAGCGCACACGUGAUCAAAAUGCAUUAGCGAUGCUAUUUAUACAAAUUAUUGUCUAUUGUGUUGUUCAAACACCUCAAUUUGUUUAUAUACUUUAUGGCGCCAUAGCUAGCAAUGUCCCAAAUAAGUCACCUGAUCGUUUAGCUAUUGAAAAAUUUUUCUUCUUUUUCGCUGAAUUAUGUGUCUUUCUAUUUCCUGUUACGCCAUUCUAUUUCUAUAUAGUAGUGUCACGUACUUUUCGAAAUGAGCUAUGUAAUAUUGUCAACACAUUACUCAAGGUCUGUUUCGGUCGUCGGAAUGUUCGCGUUGAACCGAUAAGAAACACAACGAAUUCUGGUACAAAGCGUCGUGAGAUGUGUAUGAUUUCUCAAGCAAUAACCCAUCCACCACAAGGAGUGAACCCACAACGCAAUGAGCUGCCCAAUAUUUUACCUGCGGUACCAAUUGAAUAG